AUGUUGAUCCUUUGGUGGGUUCUUUCAAUCUUCGCUAUCAUCUACGUUUAUUUUUGGUACUAUUUCAAAAAUACUGUUUGGUGCAGAAGUCAAACUUGCCUUAUAGGGAAAACAAUAAUAGUAACAGGAGCUAACACGGGUAUUGGUUACGAGGCAGCGCUAGAUUUUGCUAAAAGAGGUGCGAGGGUAAUUUUAGCUUGUCGGAAUAAAGAUAAAGCUGAAAUCGCCCGAGGCAAAAUUAUCGAAGAAACGGGAAAUGACAACGUUGUUGUCAAAAUUGUCGACCUUGCCUCUUUGGCUUCUGUACGAGCAUUUGCUGAAAGUAUUAAUAAAACUGAAAAGCGUUUGGAUGUGUUGGUAAAUAAUGCAGGGGCUGCAUUAACAGGAGAGGGGAAAAGCGAAGAUGGGUUAAUCUGGUUGAUGCAAGUUAAUUACUUUUCUAGUUUCUUACUUACGAAUUUACUUAUGGGGAUUUUGAAGAAAUCGGCACCUAGUCGGGUUAUCAACGUGUCUUCGAAAGGUGCCCUACGUGCCAAGUUCGAUUUGGAGAAGCUUAAUACCAACAGAGGCCACUUCCAGAAUUAUUGUUGUUCUAAAGUUUGCAACAUUUUGUUUACAAGAGAACUAGCGGAGAGAUUAAAAGGGAUAGACGUUACCACCUAUUCUUUACACCCGGGGACUGUAAAAACUGAAAUAUUUAGACACAUAGAUGGAUACCGCAAAGUACUAAUUGAAUUUUUAAAGGCUCACUUUUUGAAAACUAGCGAGGAAGGAGCUCAAACGAUUAUUUACACCGCUGUGGCAAAGGGGAUUGAGCAGUACAGUGGCGAAAAUUUUGACAAUUGCACGUGCGUUGAUCCCUACGAGAGCACCAUAGGCCCAAAUUUUGAAAAAGGACUCUGGGAAAAGUCUAUAGAACUCGUUAAUCUGAAGUCCGACGAAAUGCAAUUGUAAUUUUCACUUGUUUCGUUUUAUUAGUUGUCAAUAAACGUCAA